UCGUCGAUGUUAAUAAAACUUAUUUUACUUUUCAAUUAUUUUCUAUUUUUAUAGUACCUAUUGGUGAAAUAAUAUUGCUUUUUUAUAUUGAUUAUUGUGCUGUUAACUAGCAAAUUUUCGUUUACGCUGACAGAAUCUUGGGAAUCAUAAUUUAUAGCGUUCUGAAUAAGAUAACAAAUUAUCAAGAUGCACGGGAUUACGUUGUUAGAAUUACCACUUGACAUUUUAGCAAAAAUAUUCAGUAUUUUAAAUGAAAGUGACCUUUCUAAUUUGAUUCGUACAUGUAAGACAUUAAAGAACCUUAUUCUACACGAUAACACAAUUUGGAGAGGCAUAGCUAGGAACAAAUUAAUAAUACGAGAUUGUUUAGCCAGUGUCCCUAAUUCUCGAAGCUGGUACAACAGAUGUAGAAUUUCUCAUAACUGGUGUAAAGGAAUAUUUAAAAAGCAGAGAGCACUUCACUAUGAUACACUUUAUAUACCCUGGCUUGAGUUACAUAAGUCACAAAUGCUGCUAUUGGCACUUGGUACAGAUAUGUUCUGCUUUCCUACAGACAGGAAAGGUUCCCCAAACUCUAGGAGUCUCUGGUCUAUUUGUGUGCCAAUUGUGAGGAGAUAUGAUAUAAGAACUAAUGAUAUAUCAAGAUUUGUCAUCAAAGAUAAUGCACUACUUUGUGGAAACAGAGAUGGAUCUGCGGCAGUCUUUCUAUUGAACAAUCCAAGAAAAAAGCCCUCUUUACUCUGUCACAUUGAUGAUUGUCAUCAGAAUGGUGAAGUGGAGGUCACGGCUGUUGAAGGCAUUAAGUCUGAAGACAAAUUAUGUUUGCUAACAGGGUCAUGUAAAAGUUCAGAGCUUUCUUUAUGGUCUUGGAAUUGUGCAGAUGAUAAUUAUGACCAUUUGUAUGACACAAUGCAAAAUUCUGACUGUAAACAGACAAUACAAAUUCCUUGUGAAGAAGUUGGUAUAAGAAGCUUGUCUAUGAAUAAAACAAACAGCAAACUCGCUAUUGGCUUAGGUGGCAACACUAGACCACUUUUAAUGGAUUGUCAGAUGUGUGCCUUCCAGUUGCCUAUUGACCCAAGUUUAAACAUGAAAAGAGAUGCAGUCAAAGAUAUUACAUGGCACAAUGAGAACACCAUAGCAUAUGUGACACAUUCAGGAAGAAUGCAACUCCUGGAUAUUCGAACUAAUCAUGUGAUUUACAGAAACAUGGAUCCAUUUCAUUCAUCAUUGUAUUGCCUCAAGUCUGAUGGUAAUAACGCAUUAAUAGCAGGCGCUUCGGAAUUUUCACGCUGUGUAUUGUUUGAUGAUCGUCAACCUGGGAGACAUAUACAGAUGUACUUUACACAAAAGAAUGCCUCGCCGGUUUAUAGUUUGGUCUUCAAUUCAACGAAACUUAUCGCCGCGGCUGAUCGCAGCGUUGGUCUUGUUGAUUUUGAUGUAAACUCUUCAGUCACAAGAAGAUACGACUACUCUGAUGUAUUUGAAUUUGUUAAGAGAUAAAUUUAAUUCAAAAAAUAUAAUUUCACUAUUUAUAAAUAGGUGUUACUGGAUAAUAUAUUUUGGUUAACUU